CACCAGCAGUUUGUGGAGUCCUUUGCUGCGGCUGAGCCUGCCCCACUGCCAAGAUGAUUCUGACACUGCUGCUUGGCCUCGGAGGUCCCCUGGGCUGGGGGCUGCUGGGGGCCUCGGCCCAGGGCGCAGGUAGCGGGCUCUCGGAUCCACAAAAUCCAAGGCCACCUGGGGUCUGGAGGGCGGAGGCUGAGGACACCGGCAGGGACCCCAGCAGACGAACAAGGAGGAGGCCAUGGCGUCCAGGGAGCUCCGCUUCAGUGCCUCUCUGGAAAUGGGUAGGAUGGUCUUGGGACCGAACCAGGACACCAUUUUCCAGCCUUGUAUUUGUCCGGGCCCUGGGGCCCCCUGCCGAUAAGGUGCUUGGCCUGUGGGUCCCUCCUUCGGGUCCUCCACUGUCAGAGCAGCAGGUCCUUUACUGGGUCCAUCUCGGGCUAGUCACCUUGCCAAGUGUUAUCUCAGCGAAUCCUCCCAACAGCCCGGGUUGCCGCGGAGCCCGAGGCUCAGAGAGACUAAGCAGCUGCCACAAGAUCACACAGCUAAGGAGAUCUAGAAACCACGAUCUAAGUCUGACUUCAGAGCUCAUGCUCUGGUCCCUGAGCACCCAGAGGCAGCCCCAACCCCCAGAUGUGCCUAAUAUGUGUACCGCACCCCUGACCACACACACGCACAAACCAGACUUGGUAAGAGUGUUUAUAUGGUGAGGGUGAAAGGGGUCAAUGUACACCCACCCACAGUCUUCCAUUCGGCUCUCUGAGAUUCACUGUCACGUUGGCUUACAGAAUGAAUCCACCUGGGACAGUUCUAUACAGCUCUGACGCUUCAAGGUCCAAGAACCAAGCCUCCUUUCCCCAAAGCCACUAGCUCCAUGCCCCUUUCUUUGGGCUGCCUGCUUCUUUUUGAUAAAAGAGAGGCUCAGGGUUCCAGGUGGAUCAGAAGAAGGUAGGAGACAUUCCUCUUUUUCCACACCCCCUUGGCUAUGGGGAGGGACUUGUGGGCUGCCCCAUGGAGCUCACUCAUCCAUUCCCUGGUCGGUCCCAGUGUGUGCAGAGCAUGUGCAGAUGUACAUAGAAGGGCGUCCCAGCCCAGGAAUACCCCGGUCCCAGGGGAACCUUGGGGGGUCCCAGCAGGCCUGCUGGGUCUCCUGCCCACAACCCAGAAGCUGUGGUCCCCAUAGGCCCAGCCCAGGUUGUCAAGGCCUCCGGAGGGGCUGGUGUGAAAGGAAGGAAAUGCUGCUCAGCUUCCUCGGGCUGAUUGCUUCCCGUGCUCUGUGAAGGGAGAGGCGGAAAUUGUGCUCCAGCCUCCCUCCUGCAACAGGGGGAAGGGGAGGUGGGGCCUGGCAGCAUCAGGGACAAGCCUGGUGGACCCUCAGCCCCUGGCUGCCAGAACCAGGCCUCCCAGCCUGCAUUUGCCCCACCCCCACACCUGUUUCUGGCAGACCCUGGACAUGGGCUCAGAUUAGACUAUUUCCAAGGAGAAGUUCGAAUGGAACAAUUUGGUGCCAGAUGCCACGUCCCAGGGUGGAGGCCGGACAUGGUUGGGUGCUUCCCACGGCUCUGGGACCCCCAGCAACAUGUGUAUUUGGACUCCGUGGGGAGGUGGCUCUUUCGAUGCUCCCCGAUUUUGGUGGGAGUGGAAUUGAGCCGCGGCGGUUUAACAGGUGGGCUCCUCAGAGCCCGCACUAGCUCCCCCUGCAGGGCUGAGCCUGCAUUGAGGACCAAGCUGAGCCCUGGGCAAGGUGCCCCAUCUCCACACUGCAGUGACAAGGCAGCUCCCUCGGCUCUCUCCCUGCUGUGAGGCUCAGAGGAAUGGGGACGCCACCCAGCUCCUAAGUGACAGGUCAGAGCAUCCAGUGGGCUGCAAAUCCCGGGUACCCGCUGUCCUGUCCCCCCAGGAUGGGCAGUAGUAUAGGAGAGGCUGCUCCCAGCAGUCCAGCUGGCCCUGCCUGCCGGCAUCAGCUUCUCUUGGCCCACGCACAAGUAGCAUCUGUGAUGGGGUGCAGCUGAGCUCUGGUGGCCCAGGGGAGGCCUGCACAUGGCUGGAGGUCACACAGGACGGACGGAGCCCAGGCCACGCAUCACGGCCGUGGCUGCACCUCCUGCACCUGUUCCUGCCGUCAGAAGUACAGGGCCCUGGGCGCACUCGGGGAACCCCCACUCUGGACAUCGAGUGGGCCUCAGGUUCCUCUGCCAAAGCCCCUUUCCAGCUCAAAGACAAAGCCCCACAAAUUCUCCCCUGGAGUGGUCGUAUUCAAGGCCACAUUUGAGGUCUCAGAAAGCAAGAGUGCAGAGAACACGCCCUCCUUCCCCAGAAAGACGGAAGGGGCUGUCAGAGGCGGGCUCUAUUGGCAGUGAAGUGUCCCAGUGGACAGUGGCAGUGGCACAUCCAUAAUUCGGGGGGCUCCAGCUCACAGACCUCUCCCUACUGGAAGCUGGCUCAGCCUCCCCCAUAGCCCCUCUCUCUGUCCCAAGGGAGGGGCCAGAGGUGGCAAUCUUCUUCACAUUGCCAGGACUGGGGAGGGGGGAAGGGCCUUGCUCACAGUCACCCUGAGCCCAGGAAGGGGGACUGUAGGGGGGCGCCCAGGUUUCUGAGCUCGCAUUAGAAGCUCCAAAGGGGCCAGCACUCUCCUGACUGGGGCAAAGCCUCAGGUGGGGGCCAUGUCAAAGGCCCAGGACAGCCCAAACCCGCUGGAGGAUCCCUGCACUCAUUUCUAGGCUGGCCCCAGGGGAUGAGGGCGCAAAGGGGGUGCAGAACAAUGAGAGCUUCAGGGAGCCGGGCUGGGGGCUCAGGCUCGGAGGGCCAGCAUGCAGCUGCCAGGAGCUGGAGGAAACCAAAGCAAAGGUCAGGAAUGUUCCCAGGGCUUCUGGGCCAGCGGCCUGUACUAUGCCAAGGGGAUAGGGCUGCCAAGGGUGGGGGGUGGAGGAGCGUGGGCAGGGAGAAUAGUUGGAGCCCGAGGUUUGGGCAGGUCAGGAGAGAAAGUUCCUGGGCAGGAAGGGUGGGCGGCACCGCUUCCGGUUCCAGGAGCUCGAGGUGGAAAGUCCCAGUCACUGGCUGGCAGGCUGGACCAGACCCAGCUCGCCUGGGCACAGGCCUUCUGGACCCUCCACAGCAGUUCAGAGGUAACUGGUGCCCUUACCAGAAAUCCAGGCUGGUCACCUUUGUAGCUGCUUGCAAAACGGAGAAAUUCCUCGUCCACUCACAGCAGCCAUGUCCACAGGGGACUCCGGACUGCCAGAAAGUCAAAGUCAUGUAUCGCAUGGCACACAAGCCACUGUACCAGGUCAAGCAGAAGGUGCUGGCCUCCGUGGCCUGGAGGUGCUGCCCCGGCUAUGCAGGCCCUGACUGCCAGCACCACGAUCCCACGGCAGUCCCUGAGCCUGAAGAUCUAGGUGAUGGCCUCCAGGAGCCUUGGGAUGGGCCAGUCGGCUUUGAACCUGGCCACCCGGCAGCUGAGCUCAGCAACAUCAUGGAGCAGCAGGAACGCUUGCUCGGAGAUCUCCAGAAUGACAUUCACCAGGUGGCAGAUGGCCUCCCGGGCCAGUGGAAGGCCCUGGCAAGCAAUCUCACAGCUGCCACGAUCGAGGCAAAUCAGACAGAGCCUGAGGCGCCUGGCAGAUCCUUGGAGCAAGUGCUACUGCCCCACGUGGACGCCUUCCUACAGGUGCAUUUCAGCCCCAUUUGGAGGAGCCUCAACCAAAGCCUGCACAGCCUCUCCCAAGCCAUAAGAAACCUGUCUCUUGAUGUGGAGGCCAACGAACAGGCCAUCAAGGGGGUCCAGGAGAGCUCAGUGGCCAGGGCUGACUUCCAGGAGCUUGGGGCCAAAUUUGAGAGCAAGGUCCAGGAGAACGCCCAGAGGGUCGGGCAGCUGAGGCAGGACUUGGAGGAACGCAUGCACGCCCAGCACCUCUCCCUGCAGCAGUCGCUCUCCGAGGUCGAGGCGGACGUGGAUGCCAAGUUGAAGAGGUUCGUUAAGGCCCAGGAGCCCGUCGGGGCCAACGGCAGCCUGGUCCCAGCCGCGGCAGGGGCCGGGGCCAGGCCGGAGCCGGAGAGCCUGCAGGCCAGGCUGGGCCAGCUGCAGAGGAACCUGUCGGCGCUGCACACGGCCGCCGGCCGCAGGGAAGAGGAGUUACAGAGCACCCUGGCGGACAUGAGGGCCACCCUGGCGCAGCACGUGGAUGAGAUCAAGGAGCUGUAUUCGGAGUCCGAUGAGACCUUCGAUCAGAUCAGCAAGGUGGAGCGGCAGCUGGAGGAGCUGCAGGUGAACCACACGGCGCUGCGUGAGCUGCGCGUCAUCCUGAUGGAGAAGUCGCUGAUCAUGGAGGAGAACAAGGAGGAGAUGGAGCGGCAGCUCCUGGAGCUCAACCUCACCCUCCAGCACCUGCAGGGGGGCCACGCCGACCUCAUCAAGUACGUCAAGGACUGCAACUGCCAGAAGCUCUACUUCGACCUGGACGUCAUCCGCGAGGGCCAGAGGGACACCACGCGCGCCCUGGAGGAGGCGCAGGUGAGCCUGGACGAGCGGCACCAGCGCGACGGCUCGUCCCUGCAGGCCCUGAGCGGCACGGUGGCGGCGCUGUCGCGGGCGGUGGACGCGCAGCGGGCGGAGGGCGAGCGGGCGCGGGCCGACGGGGCGCGGCUGCGGAGCCAGCUGCGGGCGCUGGACAGCGAGGCGAGCGCGCUGCGGGCGGCGCACGGGGAGAUGCGGGCCGAGGUGGGCCAGCUGCACAGUUACUUCACGGCCCUGCUGGACGACGCGCUGCGGCACGAGGCCGUGCUGGCCGCCCUUUUCGGGGAGGAGGUGAUGGAGCAGAUGGCGGAGGAGGCGCCCGACCCGCUGCCCCUGCGCUACGAGCAGAUCCGCGCCGGCCUGCGGGACGCCGCCAGCGGGCUGCGGGAGCAGGCGCUCGCCUGGGACGCGCUGGCCGCGCGGGUGGCGGCUCUGGAGCGGGCGGCGGGGGCUGGCGGGCCCACCCCGGCCGGGCUGGCGCAGGAGCUGGAGCGCCUGGACGCCGACCUCCGGCGGGUGGGCCGGUGCUGCGAGGCUUCGGGGGCCUCCCCCCUCAACCGCUCCCUCGAGGGCCUCCAGGAGGCACUGGCCGCCACCGAGCGCGACUUGGAGCAGCACCAGCGCCUCUUCCACAGCCUCUUCGGAAACUUCCAAGGGCUUGUGGCUGCCAACGUCAGCCUGGAUCUGGGGAAGCUGCAGACCAUGCUGAGCAGGAAAGGGAAGAAGCAGAAGGGUCUGGAAGCUCCCCGGAGGAGGGACAGGAAGCAAGCAGAGACUUGGGCGGAUAAGCCUGUCCAAGGGCCGGUGCUCUGGGAGGCAGGCACCCCUGUGGCCUUCUAUGCCGGCUUUUCAGAAGGCACAGCUGCGCUGCAGACGGUCAAGUUCAAUGCCACUUACAUCAACAUUGGCAGCAGCUACUUCCCUGAACAUGGCUACUUCCGAGCCCCGGAGCGUGGCGUCUAUCUUUUUGCAGUGAGCGUUGAAUUUGGCCCAGGGUCAGGCGCCGGGCAGCUGGUGUUUGGAGGUCACCAUCAAACACCUGUCAGUUCCACCGAGGAGGGGAGGGGUAGCAUGGCCACGACCUUCGCUAUGGCCGAGCUGCAGAAAGGCGAGAGGGUGUGGUUUGAGUUAACCCAGGGAUCAGUCAUCAAGAGAAACCCACCAGGCACUGCAUUCGGGGGAUUCCUGAUGUUCAAGACCUGAACGCCGGGCACAACCCUGACCAGACGUCGUGGACUCACCCAGCUCUCCUUGGCCUGGAGCUCUGGCCAGGGUUGGUCUGGAGACCAUCCAAUUGGUCUAGUUCUUCCUGGAAAACUUCUGCAAAGACGAUGCGGUAUUUGGGGCCUUCCUCUAGAUGCACUGGGUUUGGCUAUUUCUUAAUGACGAGAAGAACUGGAAGGCUUCUGUCUGGGCAGAACCUGACCCGGGGAAGUGUGAACCUUAGCUUGGCGUGCCGUCUGAGGCAGGAUGGCAUUGUGGGCUUCAGCUCUUUGCCACACCCUGGGUCCUGCAGCUUCUUUGGUGUGUUGCUCCUCCUGUGGUUGGAAACUUUAGAACUUUCUCCCACUUCUUCUCCCUAAUCUUAUGCUAGAAAAUCAUUCCUCCCCUGAAGGACUAUGUUUAAAAUGGAGGUGACAUCUUGGACAAUGUUGGAAACCAGUCUCUACCCACUGCAGGGCAGUAGGAGAAAACCGACCUGUUUGGCUUCUAUUAGAAAUGGGGACAAAGGCCUCGUUGAGUUAACCAAAGGAAACAAAAUUCUCUUUCCCUCAGGUUCGGUCCUUCCUUGAAUUUAUCUGUAAUCUUAAUUCCACUUCUUUUUCUCCUUGCCUCCUGAUAAAGGCCAAGACAUGCCAAAACAUGAACUAAAAUGUGUACAGCCUUCACCCUUUUUACUUCCUCCACUCGCUGAUGACCAUCCUCAUUCUCAUGAGCAUCUCUAACCAGUAAGGAGGCUGAGGGAGGAAAGGAAGGACGAUUGUCAAAAUCUCCUUCGGUAAUGAUCAGCUCUGGAAUAAAGCAAUGCCCUUCAAAUCUCGGCCUGGUUUAUUUAUGGAGAGCGAAAAGAGUCGGUAAAGGAGGUAGAAAUAUGGGACAAAAUGAAAUGAUUUGGGAUAAAUGUGACUCUCACGAUUCCAGGCUGUAUUUGACUUCACAGUUCCAGUAACUUCUACAUGACACGUGCCUCCACAGCAGGCAGCGGUGAGAAUACUUGGUCAGACAGAAACACUUCGGAGUUGCAACUGUUCCCGCAAUAUCGGGGUAGGGUUUUCAAAACAUUACAGUCCCUGGAGCAAACAGGCUUGCGAGAGCAGCCGUCUGGUUGUUAGGACGUGUUUGUGUUGUGGUAGCCAGGUAUCCCGUGUGUGUUGAACAUACUCUUCUGCGUAACAAAACUGGAUUGGACUGGGCAGUGAAAAAGGACAGGAGUUGGUCGUCAGGGCUCACAAGGGUCUCAGCCCUUCUUGUUUCCUAAGGGUCAUUAAUUCAAACAGUUGUCCCCCAGAACUUAUUUCCCACUAAGCUUUGUGUGCUCGAUAUGCUAAAACAUCAGCGUUAAAAGGAAGAGUGUGCCAGACCGCUCUGGCGCUGACAGUAAAUCACCACCUCUUGAACUUUUUCCAUCUGUGGUAUGAGGCAGUUGGUCUCAUAGCUUUCAUUAAGUAUCUUGGUGUUUUAUUAUCUUGACCACAGGGUUGACUCUGGCCUUCCUGCCCUUCCCCCCGGCCAGGGCCUCUUGCCGGCUGCAGCUCUCAGCUGCCGAGAUUAAUGGCAACCCAAGGCACGAUGUACUGGGGCCGUUCUUGACCGAAGGUUGGAGAGCAGGUAGCCCGUCGCCCUGGCUGCCAGAAAGACCUUGCCAUGUCUUCCUUCUGCUCCAUCUUGCUCUUACUGGUCAAGCUGUACCGAUGACUAAGUGGAGAUCUGAGGGUGGUGUGGUCUUACCAUCUAAGAUUUUCGCUUGGAAUGGCUUGCACAUAAUAAGCAGAGUGAAUUGAUCUCCAUAAGGGGCACCUGCGCCCUGCUGCUCACAUGGCCACCGCUUUUUUUUUUUUAAGAUUUUAUUUAUUUAUUUGACAGAGAGAGACAGUGAGAGCAGGAACACAAG